AGGCGGAGCUCGGCGUCCCGCUCGCUGGUGCAGGAGGCGGCGCGGCCGGCCGGACUGACUGACUGACUGACGGGGCUCCGCGGUCGCGGGCGCCGGCAUCUGGAGCGGUGCCCGCGUCUGGCCGGGCACUGCCCCUUCCUCGCCUGCCUCCCGGACACGCCAAGCAGAUGUGAGCGGGGCUGGGGGGAAUCCGCCGCGGCUCCCAGCAACAGGGUCCUCCUCCUCCUCCUCCUCGCGCAACCCCCGCGGCUGAAAUAUGUGGCAGCCGGCAACGGAGAGACUGCAGCACUUUCAGACCAUGUUGAAGACUAAAUUGAAUGUCCUAACUCUUCGAAAAGAGCCGCUUCCUACAGUGAUCUUCCAUGAACCAGAGGCCAUUGAGCUGUGCACCACAACUCCAUUAAUGAAGACCCGGACUCAUACUGGAUGCAAGGUUACAUAUUUGGGUAAGAUGUCCACAACAGGGAUGCCAUUUUUGUCAGGCUGCACAGAGAAACCCGUCAUUGAAUUAUGGAAGCAGCACACACUAGCCAGGGAAGAUAUUUACCCAGCCAAUGCCCUUCUGGAAAUUCGCCCCUUCCAAGUCUGGCUUCAUCAUCUGGACCUCAAAGGUGAGGCCACAGUCCACAUGGAUACCUUUCAGGUGGCACGUAUAGCCUACUGCACUGCCGACCACAACGUCAGCCCAAACAUCUUUGCUUGGGUUUAUAGGGAGAUCAAUGAUGACUUGUCCUACCAGAUGGACUGCCAUGCUGUAGAGUGUGAGAGCAAACUAGAGGCUAAGAAGCUAGCUCAUGCCAUGAUGGAAGCCUUUAAGAAGACUUUUCACAGCAUGAAGAGUGAUGGCCGAAUUCACAGGAAUAGUUCAUCUGAGGAAGUGUCUCAUGAAUUUGAAUCUGAUGAUGGCUGACUGAACUGGCUAUUGUUUCAGCAAAGGCAGAAGCGGCUUAGGGAGUAGGAUUUGAUAGAUAAAUAAGCAACAAUUGAAAUCGGGAAAGAAAAGACUGCUAAACACGUGGCUGACCAGCUUUUAAAAUCAAAAGAGGAAUUCAGUAUUGAAAGAUAUUCAUUAUUAAAGUAAUUAUGUUACAUUGAAAUCUGCUGCUGUUGUAAAUGUGAGAAAAAGCUUCUCCCCAAUACUUCAUCUCUUUAACCCAUUCCCCAAUACCAACACUACAGGGCCUGUUAUAGUUCAGGUAUAUACUUUGAGAUGAUUCAUUCCAGUCUGCCUUAUAAAACUCAUCAAGCAGUUGUAAUAGUUGAUCCUAUGGGAUUCAUAGCUAGGAUCUGAUACUGAUGCACAACAGCAGGUAGAACAGGAAAGCUCUAGGCUCCCAAAGAAUUAAUCCUUUUUCCCUGUCAUAUUGCAAAAUCCUUUGACCAUACAUAAGCUAAAACAACCAUUCAUAACCUUUUAAGAUUAACGGCCUGGCAUUCUGCAGUUAAUUCACAUUUCACAAUUUUUAAAAAAAUGCUUAUAUUUACACAUUAUAACAUAUGCUAUUUGUAUUUUACUUAUUUUACCUAUUUUCUUAAUGUGCCUGCAGCCAGUCAUCUCAUGUUUAGCACCAUUAGAUCCAGUUUCAGACUCUAUACUGCAGGAUACCAAAAAAGGGAAAAAUCCAUGAUGGCCAGUAAUACAGUGAACCAUCACUAUUAUCUGUUCACUUUCAAACUCUGAUUUAUUCCAUAAGAUGUUGGGCCACUGAUGAGAGUUGAGUGACAUGUUUUUAAGACUCUUGGUCUUUUACCCAUUGAACUGUGAUUUAGGAUCAACCUCAGGUCUAAAGUGGUAUGAAAAUGAUAGUGUAAACUCCACAGCAGUCAACAUCACCAAUUUAUUGCCUAUAAUUUGACAUAGCUAGUACUGCCUAUUCACAAAAUCUGGGGCUGUGUUAUCAUAAAGAUCAAAGUGUCUUUGAUAGUUGAAAGAGACUGGUCAUUUUGAGUCAGGUUUGCAAUGACUGUUGUGGCUGGGGAUCUCACAUUAAGAAUCCCUGCACCCUUCCUGCUCCACAGACAAAAAAAUCAUAACUUGCAUAAAUGCAAGUAUUUAAUAAAACUCAGAUAAGAGGCGAAACUUGUUUCACUAAAUGUUUUUAAGGCCAAGAGCAGAUUAAUAGUUUGCAGGUAACGCUGCUCCUUUAUACAAUUUUGUUGUUAAUCAUGGUAAUGUUAGGGGCACUAGGGCACCUUACAGAAGCCUUAAAACAAAGCUAAUCAAAGCAGAUAGGUAUAUGUUUGUGUUUUGUGGGUAUACGUAUAUUGUGUGUGUGAGUGUAUGUGUGCCUGUGUGUAUGUCCAGCGCAAAAGCAUGUAGAUUAAGCAUGGAGACAUAUUGAGGAGGACUCAGACCUCUUGAAAUAUGCUUGUUGCUUUACAACAUAUGUAAACUAUUCUCCAGCAUAAAUGCAUUCAUACUUUAAUAAAAAUAUGUUUGAGUUAAAGCC